CGAUAAGGCAAUAUGGCCGAUCUACUCAAAGGAAGCCAUAUUAUCAUCUCCCAGUUCACUUUAAACAAGACAACAAGUGAAAAUGCAUUGCAGUAACAAAUGACAAUUAAGAAUGGCACUGUCAGAUGACGACAGGACAAGAUUCUUCCGAUUGAGUUCGGUCAUCCUGGAAGAAUUAACACCAAUUUUACAAGAUCUACUACAAAAUGAAAUCAGUCCUAGUCAGAUAUAUAUAGUAGUUAAACAAAAAGAUUUCAAAAAGCUAAAAUUAGAGCAGAUAUUAGUUAUCAACAAUGCAAAGGCCGUUGGUUGUUAUAAGGAAUUUGAUAUAACUUUGCUGUAUACAAUUUUACGCAAUUACUGUCCAAAUAUUCAACCUCCUACCAAGAAAUGGGGACUAAAGACGAUGCCUGACAUACAAACUGAAACAACAGUGGGAGAUGACAUAGAACGCAUACGUAUUAUUAGGAACAGUUUAUUUGGUCAUAUCUCUACACCUGCGGUACCAGAGAAUGAAUUUGAGGAGCACUGGAGCACUAUUUCUGAUAUCUGUAUUAGAAUGGAUGCCAAGCUACCGAACAAACAAUACGUCAAAAAGUUAGAAGAGGCUAAAGAUAGAACUAUAGAUUUGCACACAGAAAAAAUAUUCAUAGACACAAUAAAAAAACUUGUCGAGGAUGAACUUAGUUUAAAAGAGAUAAUACUAAGGUUCAUAGAAGAAAGAGAGCUAACUUCAAGUGAGAAUGUAACAAUUGCAGCCAAAGUUGGUCAGAAAAGAAAACAUGCUGAAGCCUUCAGCAACAUGUGCAUUCGAGCCUUGAAUAUAGCUGUUGAAACAAUUAAUGAAUUGACAUCCGAGUCAGAAAUAGAACAAAUUUAUAAAUCAGUAGAGGAUUUCUUUAAGGAGGACAAAGAAAACAUUGAAAACAAAAAUCUAGAAGACAUGUUACAAAGACUUGAAGAAAAAAUCAUUCAAUAUGCAAAACUGCAAAAGGGAAACACAACGAAAAUUAUGUUAAGGUUUUUCUGGUUUAAUUUACAUUUGAAAAAAAUGUAUGGUGCCAGUGUGGAAAGCUCGAAAGGCAGUUUAAUUCUAACAUUUACAUUUUCCUCAAAGAAAGGCUAUGACCUUUACAAAAAGGACUUGGAGAGAGGAAUAAUUGGACAAAAGAUUCUGCAACUGGUUUUAUAUCCUCCAUACCUUGCCAGUUUUGAUCUACAAGCUGAGGACCUGGUUGUGUUUUUAAAUGGCCAAAAAUUAACACAAGACAGUGGCGAUAAUGAUGAGUCUAUACACAGCAAAUCACCCAACCUUGAGGCAUGUGCUGAUCAUCCAGAUCAGAAUUAUAUGAUGGCAUGUCAGCAAUGCCAACUUCCUGUCUGUGUUCAAUGUAUCGAAAGUUCAGAACACAAGGACCAUGACUUCAACGACCUUGGUGCCUCAUUGAGGAAAAGACUAGCUGAGGUUUAUAAAAACAUUCAACAAGGUAUUAGAAGUCAAAACCAAUUAUGGUUGGAAAAGAAAAGAUUAGCAUUAGAGGUCAAAGAAAUACAGUCAAGAAUGACAGCAAAAUACCAUGCUCUAAAGCAACUUCUUGAAGAAGUGUUCCAACAAAAUCUUAAUGAUAUUGAGAGAUUUCAGGAAUCACAAAGUGAUAUCAUUGGAAAAAAAAUAAAUGAUACAGACCAGUAUAUAUCCCUUUUAAUGAAAAACUUUAAAGAAAUAUCUGAAAGUCUACCAGCUAAAGGACUGAUUCAUUUGAAGAGUUGCUCCCUUAAAAAAGAUUUGUUUCAACCUAGUGAGAUCGACAACCUAAAAUUUGAUGAAAAUGAUACAAAAUUAUCAGAUAUAAAUGAUCUUUUUGGAAUUCUAAACAUUCCCAAAAUCCCUCGCUCUGAAUCAGGUAUUGAAUUAGACAAAAUAGAUGAUUCAGAACUUGUUGAUGAAGUCUCCAAUGUUGAAGAGGUUAAAGACAUGAAACUAGCAAUAAUAGAAGUUCCACCAGGAGUGUCUAAUUUUGAAUACACAGGACAGCAGCAGAUAAAACUAACAUUAGCAACAUCAUUCAGUUUAUCGAGAACUGCUUGUCAUGUGUCUCCAGUAUCGUCAAACAGGGCCUGGGUUAGUGAUUUUUAUGGGGAUCUCUAUCUUUCGGAUGAUAUUGGAUAUAAGCACUAUCAGCUGAAGACUCUGUCAGGGGGCUCAGGAAGUCAUACAGUCACAAAAGAAGGGGAACUCAUAUUUAUCAAUCCUGAUAAAGAAAUCAUGAAAAUUUCCCAAGACUUUAAGAAAGAAGAUUUGAAUAUAAGACUCCCCUAUUCAAUGAUACCUUCUUGUGUCUAUUCUUCCCAUUUCAAUGCAGAUCUUCUGAUAGGCAUGUGGAGCAAAAUAUCUGGCAUGGGAACAUGGCAAAGGAUUUCUGAGACAACUAUGGAGGAGAGCUAUCCGAUUCAAUAUGAUGAAGGCGAACUGCUUUAUGAAUAUCCGCAAUACAUCACAGAGAACAACAAUCAGGAUGUUAUUGUUUGUGAUUCUUCCAAAGGAGCUCUAGUUGUGACAGAUUUCUGGGGAAAUCUUCGAUUUUGUUACAAGGGGCAUCCAGAAAAGUUGGGAUUUGAACCAAAUGGAAUAUGUACUGACAGUUGGGCUCACAUUUUGGUCUGUGACCUGGCCUCAAAUUCAGUUCAAGUUAUUGACAAAAAUGGACAUUUCUUAUUCCCCCUCCUGAUCAGCAGUUAUGGGUUUGAAAGACCAUUUUGUUUGAAUCUUACACAAGACACCCUGUGGGUAGGAAUCCAAUCUUAUCCCCUAAUGCUAGUUUUUGAUGUGCAGUAUGAUGACCAAAAAUAAACAGUAAUACCAUGGUAUACAUACUGUAUAAUUACUUCAGUGGUCAGAGAUUUUUCAUCAUUUUUAAUUAAAUGAAUUUUUGAUUAAUAAACUUGUAUAAAAAUGAAUUUAAAAAAAUCAUAAGCAAUAAAGCUUUGCAUUCUUUAAACUUAGUGAAGUGUAUUCUUUUGUCAAGCACUUAAUACCUUCAAAUGUUUAGUCAUUAAACACACUAGUAUGUUUUCAAUCCCAGUUCUCAUGAUAAGAUGCUGAAAAUGCCCCUCCAGCAUUCCAUGACAGAUCUGAUAAUUAUGUCAAUGUUUUUCACCAUUCUGUACACAUGACAUCAUUUCAUGUGGGAACUUAUUUAUUCAUUUUAUAUAUAAUAACAUAUGUUUAAUAUAGGGAAAAAUGCAUGCUGGUAAUUUACUUACUAGACAUUCAGAAAUUCCAAAAUUUAUAUACCCUAAUACAUGUAUUACCGUUUUCACAUCUUGUUUUACUUAAAUGUGAAGUAAAAAUAUUCUUGUGCAAGAAUACUUUAUGACAUCUGUGAAUCUUCAUUAUGAAUUUUAAUUUUGAUGUUGCAAACCUCUGCCUGCAAACAUGAAGUUUCAUGCAGUUAUUUCAUGUUUGUAAGUCAUAAAAAAUGUCAUUUAGAUCCACUUACUGAAGUGAUUUGUGAAAUUAAGUUGUUAAUUUUACAGUAUUCUACUGCUUAAAGCUUAAGGUGAUAUUGGACACCUCCAUUUUGUAAUGUACUUCCUAUUGAAAUAAACAAUAAAAUCAGUAUAAUUCUAUAAAUGUUUUAUUUCACUAAAUUAUUACCUAAUAGCAUAGCGCAAUGGGUUAGAGCGUGAACUAUGAGUCUGAAAGUCAUGAGUUCGAAUUCUGCAGGGGC